GGAGCAUCGCUGUAAAGCUCUCUUAUAUAUAAGACAACUGAAACUUGCCAAUAGAACUUAUUUUGUGCGUAUACUUGUUGAUGUGAGGUUCAACUAGUACGGAGAUUUUCAAAAAUGAGGUGUAUUGUGGUCUUCUUCUUCACACUCCAGUGUAUUAUUUGUAGUGCAAUUGUACAUCAAUCUGCUUAUAAUCCCGUAUUCGAGUAUGACGUACCUGUUGCAUCACAGCCAAUAGUUUAUACAGCUCCUACUGUUCAAACUGGACCAUAUUAUGGGUCAUAUUCAGUACAUACAACGCCUGCUGUAAGUCAUACAUAUUCACAAACUCAAACACAUCCCGUUGCUUAUGUGAAACCAUUAACUGUUUUUGGUGCACAGUCUGGUCAAUACUAUGCUCCGUCAGCGCCAACAUCAAGAGUGGAACACUCGCGAUUGAUUGUGCCACAAACAAAUCGAAUCUAUCGUUAUCAAUCGACAAAUCAACAAUAUGCAUACCCUGUACAACGAAGUGGUACACAAUUUAGAAAUCAAAGCCCGGGUCAAAACUUCCAAAACUUUCUCCGAGGAGAAAGACCUACGAACCAGCAAUAUAAUGAAAACAAAUAUAAUGGGUAUGCCAAUUCAAUGCCAUACGCAAACAACGGUGAACAGGUGAAACUACGACGCUACCAAAUUUAUCGUCCCGGUAUUAAGAAAGAAUUUUAUGACGUGGAGGAGAGAGUCAUUGUAAGACCAGUUGGUAGUGCUUUGAUUGAAUUCGAUCCACCAUCCAAAAAACAAGAUAUAACGGAAGGCCGUCCAAACACUAGAAAUUACGCAUCAAAUCAUAAUCAAUACAAUUUUCAAGGACUAAGGACAAACGGUCGUUCAGAUGAUGCAUCCAAUCAAAAUGGACAAUUCUAUUCAACUUCGGUUUCAGAUUGUGGCUAUGGGUAUGAUGAUCAAUCACCAGUCUAUGAAUACUCUCCUCCUGCAACAUCUUUCGAUAGCCCAAAGACACAAUACCAUCCGACUACAUUUGCUCCAACCGCUACAACAGAACCCACAACAAAUAAUUACCCAACAACUGGAUAUCCACCAACAGUACCAUCACAAACAUACCUACCACCAUUUUCAACUGAUCAAUCGUUCACAUCAAGUUCUAGUUCGGAAUAUACGCCAAGUACAGCUUAUUCAUCGACUCCAGGCCAGUAUACACCAACGUCGACGAGUACUGCUUCAAACAGUGAUUCAAGCACAACAGCAAAACAAUCUGACAUCUAUAUAAGCUCAACAACACCAGUUUCUGUUACAAUCGUCGAUAAAAAUGACAAUUCUAAUCAAAAUCAAACAACGCCCCAAGAACCAUAUAUUCUCUAUGCAGAUCAGCGACAGUCCAAUGAAAAUAUUCCAAUUGACCAGUUUCAGAAUGAGAUUCCACCUCGGGGUGAUAUAUCACAAUAUAGAGCUGAGCAGCCAGAUCAAUUCUAUCAUGAAUUGCCUCGAAGUCGCAUUACGAAUGAACCGAAUAGGCCAAUCGUUUAUUCACGAUCGCAUGGAGAACCAACAUUCUAUAGAGAAGAUGUUGAUGAAGAUGUUAAAUACCUUGAUUCCACUAACGACCAGAAUCGAACAUCACAUGAAAGUAAUCAGCAAGCUCGCUUAAUUCAACUGUACACCGACAACGGUGGAGUUUCCGAAGUUGGUCAGACAGAAACAGAAAGUGAGGCUGGUUCGCGGUAUUCAGACCAAGGUAAGAGAAAUUCUCAAUAUCAAGAUGUUGGAAAUGUGCGUGCUCGCGUGGUAUCAGUUACACCCCCUCCAGCAAGUUUUCUUCCAACAGAAACAGUAAAUAGAAGAAGAAUUGUCGUCUCGAAACCCGUCACGGUUACAACGGUUCAAGAAGUCGUUGGAAGUGACAGUUCGAAAAACAAUACACAGAGUUCAGAUUAUGAAGGUGACUUCGAUAAUUCCAAUGGUAGAUAUCAGAGCAAUUUCGAAGAUGGUUCAGAGUAUAACGCAAACUACCGCAAUGAGGAUAAAAUCAAUCAAAACUCUUAUCCAGCAUUUAGUGGGAACUAUGAAAAUGUAGACAGUAGACGGGAUGCCAACAGCAAUAAAUUCGAUUCCGGUCCACACAAAAAAGGAGCCAACUAUAAAGAUCGAGCAAAUACAUCUGCGUCAACUGGAGUUUAUAUUUCGACGACACCAUCAACAGCUAGUCAACGUAUCAUUUAUGUCCAACCUGUAUCCCAAGAUUUUGCCCAACAAAGAGCAGUUACGCCGAAAAAACCUUAGUAAAAUUGCUAAUAUUUUUGUCAACAGACCCGAUAAAAUCAGUGGUCACUUUUUUCAAUAUACUACAUACACUGCAAUGAAACGAUGCAUGUCGAUGAUUUUGUUAUUUAAAUCUUGGUAGUAUUAAAUCAAAAGGUUUUGUUUUAUUUUA